AUUUGCUAACUGUACUAGAGCUAGGCAAACCCAUAGGGCAAACCUCUCAUCAUGAUGUAAUUUUGGAAUAAAAUUGGUAAUAGGUAAUUUUGGAAUAGACAAGUAUUGAAGUAAGUCUGUCUAGAGAGGAACAUGGGAGUCCACGGACUAUGGGAAUUGAUUCAGUCGACUGGUCGACCUGUCAGCCUUGCUUCACUUGAAGGCAAGAUUCUUGGUGUUGAUGUAAGUAUUUGGCUACACCAGGCAGUUCGAGGUAUGCGAGACCAGCAUGGCACAAUGAUGCCAAAUGCUCAUUUAGUCAGCCUCUUCAAUCGAAUCUGCAAACUUCUCUUCUACAAGAUUAAACCUGUGUUUGUGUUUGAUGGUGGCGUACCUGAACUAAAGAAACAAACUACGGCUGCACGACGCGAGAAGAGUGGAACCGCUGAGAAGAAGUCAUUGAAGACAGCAGAGAAGAUUCUAUAUAACCUAAUACAUGGGCAGGCCAUACAAUCACAAAUAGACAAGUUGGAGGACGACCCAAAUGGAAAGUCUAUCCCAAGCAAAGCCACUAAAUCGCCUGUGUCUGCCCGUCAGGGUGACAAUGAUAUGUUCCAUUUACCACCGAUGACGAUUGAUCUGGAAGGGGACCAGAUCGCUGAGAGAAACGAGGACGAGUAUUCAUGGGAGGAGAGGAUGAUCGCACGCGGGGCGAUACACGACAGCUACUACAAUGUGAACGACGUCGAUGUGAACGCGUCCGACUUCUGCAGCCUCCCGCCGGAGCUCCAGCACGAGAUUCUCGUCGAGAUGAAAGAACGUAACAAGCAUCUUACCGAUACUGAAGAACUCCCGCAAGAAAGCAACGAGUUCUCCAGUUUUCAAAUCGGCGCGCUUCUCAAGCGGUCGAAACUCACCAAGCACAUAUACGACUUACGUAAAGAGAUGAGGAGCCAGAGCAGUGGAGACGUACCCGUGAUUUUAGGUAGAGAAGGGGGAGAAGUAGAGUGUCACCAGCUAGCAUCCGAGGCAUCCGCACACUACAUCCUUGUCAAAGGUCACAGCAAACUCAACCCAGGCACUUCCGCUGAUAGAAUCAACAUUGAACAAAAGGAGAAACCUACGGAAGAUGUUGGUCUGGAGGUACCUGUGGGCGAUGCCCCAGAUGUGACAUGUUCUCAACCAGGAAUCCUAAGUCACGAUGAGCAGCUGGAUGACAGCAAGUAUGCUGCUGCUGGCGGUUUUAUCGCAGACGACGAUGACGAUGUUGUCAGUCGGGUGAAUUGCGCUGAACCUGUGAUGUCGUGGGAUCGACAAGCUCCACCAGUGGCCACGUCAGUUGUUGAUACAAGCACACGCUCUCAGAUGAUCCCAUCAAUGGAACCCUCCGCAAGCCUCAAAACAAGUCGGAGUCCAGAUGCGAGAGAUAUAGUUUCCGACGCUCCUGAAAGAACAACGUUAAACGUAACGAGUCCAAAUGCUUCACCUAUAAAAUAUAGCAGUGGGAAACCAAUGGGACCGACCAGCCUGGAUUCAUCAGAUCAAAGUGUUAGUUAUAAGAAGGAGCCGGAGGGCAUGAAAGAGAGGAAGCCAGAUGGUGUUAGGGAGACUUCAGAACUCACAACGUCUAAUGACAACCAUGAAGCUGACUCAUCACAGGAUGAUGAAUUUAUUGAGGUAACAUUCAAUCCAAACCAAAUGACAGAAGAUGAACUCUUCCCAGCGAGUGUGUUUGAGGAAGCGGUGGAAGAUGCCUCAGAGACUGAGCACCCAGAGCCAUCUGGCGAGGAAAUCGGCCAUGAAAAACCUGAAUUAGUAACCCUGGAUGAUGACAGUGAAGCACUGAAGAGUGAAAUGUCUAAGGAGGAACUGAUUGACAUUCAGAACGUGUUGGAAGAGGAAGCGGUCGCACUGAAGAAGAGCAAUGUGCAGCAGAAGAAACAGGCUGCUACAGUUACUGAUUACAUGUACGCUGAUGCACAGGAGCUGUUGCAGUUGUUUGGGAUUCCUUACAUUGUUGCCCCUAUGGAGGCGGAGGCUCAGUGCGCAUAUCUCGACAUGACUGGGCAGACCGACGGAUCCAUCACAGACGACAGUGACAUCUGGCUGUUUGGAGCGAAACGUGUCUACAGAAACUUCUUCAAGCAGGACAAAGAUGUUGAGAGCUAUCGUGCUGAGGACUUGGUCACAGACCUUGGUCUGAGCCGACACAAACUCGUGAACAUGGCCCUCCUGUUAGGCAGUGACUACACGGCGGGGGUACGGGGCGUCGGAUCGGUGCUGGCCAUGGAGAUUCUAUGUGACUUACCAGCCAGUGACUCAUUCGAUGCUCUCCUCAAGCUCAGGACGUUAUAUGAUGAGAUGAAAGGCCAGGAGAAGAUACCACAGGAGACCAAAGUCAAGUCGAAAAUUAGAAAGUUGGAGUUAAACCCAGGUUUUCCCAGCAGGGCUGUCUAUGAGGCUUAUUGCGAGCCCACCGUUGAUGAAUCGAUGGAAGCGUUUCUGUGGUCGUCUCCCAGUCUGUGUGAUCUCCGGAUAUUUGCAGCAGAUCGACUCGGGUGGACAAAGAUAAAGACUGACAACCUGCUUCUCCCCAUCAUGAAAAAACUAGCCGAGACAUCGGUCAAGAUUGACAGAUUCUUCGUGGUUCAACCCUCCGAAAGACGUAAAUUGAAAAGCAAGAGAGUGAAGCGUGCCCUCACUCGUGCCAGAAACCACGAUUCACAAGGUGAACAGAGUGACAAGAGCAAAGUAGACGGGUGUGCCAAUGAUUCAGUAGGUCUGUCUGGGAAGAGCUCUGAUAGAGCUGGCAGCAGUAAUGAAACUUCAACAUCGAAACAGAUUAGAGAACUGAGACCCAGAGGUGAAAAGCAUGCUACUAAACGUGGUUUCACAUCAAAGGCUGAUCAUCCGCGAAUCAAGGUAGCGGUGAAACACAGUAAAAUUGAUCGAUCAUCAGCCAAUGUUGCUGCAGUAAAGUUAUCAGACAGUGGAAGUUCUUCCGAUUGACGAAUCUGAAGAAAUAUAUGACUAAUAUACAAUCUGAAAGCUAGAACUGGCAUUCGAGCAAGCUGUAUUUACAAGUCAGUAUGAUCUCAUUAAAUUAAUUAGAUCUAAAAUCUCCACUAUGUCCAACUAUGCAUUGAUUCGUUAAUUGAGAGUGUAAUAGAGAUGGCUUGGUUUUAUUUCGUCUUGUGAUUAAUUUAUUGCAAAGUAUUUCAUCCAGCAACUCGUGAAUUCAAUUCUUGGGUAAAAACUGAUCAUGAUGACAAUAUACCAUUUGUCUGCAAACUAAGAUUAGGGUAGAAUUUAACUUUAUUGGAGUGAUAUUCACCCGUUAACUGCCAAAAGUGCUUUUUAAAAGUGUAAAUAGAGUAUAGAUAUAUUCGUCGUGUUGUGCGUAGCCACGCAGUCGGUCUGGAUUGUGUGGGGAUGUUUCUCGUUGAAUAUUAUAUUGUGAAACAUGAAUAAAAAUUCAAUUUAUGGCAUUUAU